ACUAUAGCUAUUAAGUACCAUGCCUAGUUUACUUGCAUCAUUGAUCUCCACUGGAGAAACUCAUCUCGUUAUAGGUUACUCCAAUGUCGCCAGUAUAAGAAUAACAUCCAUCAUAGAAUCUGGAGCAUCUCCAAUAUUAAUCACAAACAAAGGAACUAUAUUCACACCAUCAGUACAACAAUACCAAGAAGAUGGCAAACUAGAAAUAAUAUAUGAUGAUUUGAAGAUAGAUAACAUAAGAAACUCCUUGAAGACAUUAGGUCGUGAAGAAGUUGACGGUAUCGUGGAUCGUGUUUUCGUUUCAUUGCCUUCUGGAUGUCACUUGCUCAAAAAACAAAUAUUUGAAACAUGUAAGAAGUUAAGAAUACCCAUUAACACCUCGGAUUCUCCUGAAUUUUGCACAUUCACAUUAUUGGCAAGUUAUACAUCGGGGGAUUUCCAAAUGGGUGUUACUACCUCGGGUAAAGGAUGCAGACUUGCCUCGAGAAUCAAGAGAGAAUUAGCCAAUUCCCUUCCUCCAGAUAUCGGGGCCAUAUGUAACAAGAUUGGGGAAUUAAGAAAGGCAAUCCAAAAGGAGGACCAAUUACAAUUGGAAAGUAUUGGUGAACAUGACGACGAUGCUGUUAAUUCACACAAGUUCAACACGUUUGUACCAGAAUUCAAUGCUAGUGAAGAACAUUUGAAAUUACAAAGAACAAGAUGGUUAGCCCAAAUCGUAGAAUAUUACCCCUUGAAGAAAUUAGCUACAUUGUCAAUCACCGAUUUAACCAAUGCUUAUCAUGAUCACAAGGAAAACCCAACUCCAACUAAGAAGCAAAAGCUUUCUAGAAAGGGUCAACUUACAUUAGUUGGUUCUGGACCUGGUUCUGUUUCCUUACUCACAUUAGGAGCACUCCAAGCCAUUCAUACUGCUGAUUUAGUACUUGCUGAUAAAUUAGUCCCACAGCAAGUUCUUGACAUUAUUCCAAGAAAGACUGAGCUUUUCAUUGCCAGAAAAUUCCCCGGGAAUGCCGAGAAAGCACAAGAAGAAUUAUUAUCGUUAGGUAUAACUGCAUUAAAUGAAGGAAAGAACGUCAUCAGAUUGAAACAAGGAGAUCCAUAUAUUUUCGGCCGUGGAGGUGAAGAAUUCAACUAUUUCAAAGACCAAGGGUUCACACCAACUGUUAUUCCAGGCAUCACUUCUGCCCUUGCUGCUCCCGUGUUAUCUAACAUCCCAGCUACACAUCGUGACGUCGCUGAUCAAGUGUUGAUUUGUACUGGUACCGGAAGACGUGGUGCUAUUCCUACAUUGCCAGAAUUUAUAAAAUCGAGAACUACUGUAUUUUUAAUGACCUUGCAUAGAGUUGUGGAGUUUAUUCCAAAGUUGAUAGAACAGAAGGGAUGGGAUCCUAAAUUGCCCGUGGCUAUCAUUGAACGCGCAUCUUGUCCUGACCAACGAGUCAUUAGAACUACGUUGAGUAAAGUAGCUGAUGCUGUAGAAGCUUGUGGUUCCAGACCUCCUGGGUUAUUAGUCACUGGUUAUGCCUGUGAAGUCAUCUUCAAGAAUGAAGAUGCCAAAGAAUGGACUGUGGAAGAAGGAUGUAAUGUUGAUUUUGAUGAAACUUUUGAUUCAAUUGUCAAAUUAGUUGGUAGCUCAGCUAGUCCUGAACCCGUUGCUCCUGUUCAUGUGACACCACAGAUAACUGUAUAAUUAAUAGACCUUUAUAGAAUUAUAGACUAAUUUGCAAUUAUUUUAGACACGGCUAAUUUUGCAAUUGUUUAAAUUCACGUGACCCCU